AUGAUCAGGGCAGCACGGGGCAUGCUCAGGGCAGCACAGGGCAUGCACAGGGCAGCACAGGGCAUGCACAGGGCAGCACGGGGCAUGCUCAGGGCAGCACAGGGCACGCCCAGGGCAGCACGGGGCAUGCUCAGGGCAGCACAGGGCAUGCUCAGGGCAGCACAGGGCAUGCACAGGGCAGCACAUGGCAUGCUCAGGGCAUGCACAGGGCAGCACAGGGCAUGCACAGAGCAGCACAGGGCAUGCUCAGGGCAGCACGGGGCAGCACGGGGCAUGCACAGGGCAGCACGGGGCAUGCACAGGGCAGCACGGGGCAUGCACAGGGCAGCACAGGGCAUGCACGGGCAGCCCAAGGCAUGCACAGGGCAGCACAGGGCAUGCUCAGGGCUUGCACAGGGCAGCACAGGGCAUGCACAGGGCAGCACAGGGCAUGCUCAGGGCAGCACGGGGCAUGCACAGGGCAGCACAGGGCAUGCUCAGGGCAUGCACAGGGCAGCGCAGACAUUGUCAAUAUCAAUAUCACACUUUCGACGCUUCACCACUUUCUAA